AUGGAUGGAUGGAUGGACGAAAAGACGGAUGGACGGAACCAGAAAGCAGCCUCGGAGAUUCCUAUGGUCUUCAAUGACUCGGGUAGACCUGAGGUGGUCCUCGCCAUGCUCAUCAGCAGCCGGUACUGUAAAACUUUCCACCGCCGCAGCUGCCGCCGGCCGCGCUCCCACGUGACCCGCGCCGGCGCCGGAGGGGCGGGGCAGAGCCGUCCGGAGGUCCGCCCUAGGCGUCCGGGUGCGCGGGUCCGUCCGAGUGCGCAUGUGCAGCGGUUGCCGUGGAGACCAAGGAAGCGUUGGGCUGCCAACGACGCGGGCGCGAGUGCAGGUGGGGAAGGAAAGCCGGACCUCUCUGGUCCAGCUGGGGCCGUAGCGACCCGGCCAAACGGUGCCCAUUGCUACGGGGUGUUCGGUGUUUCCGGAAUAGACAUGCACCCCGAGGUCUUGGAGCCCACGGCGGACGAGGAAGAGAAACAGGACUGCACGCAGGAACCGGGUGUGGUGCCUGGCGUGGAGGAGUCUGCGGGUGACCACGGGAACGCAGGCCAAGGGAGCCGCAAGGAAGAAAUCAAUGAUCCUAAGGAAACAUGUGACACAUCUGACACAUCCUACAAAAGUGAGCAGAAACAAAGCGGUGACAGCAGGUUGGACGGUUGCUUAGCACACCAAAGAAAUGACAAGGAAGAUCAAGGCCCCAGAAUGACUAAACACUUCCUGCAGAAACUCUGCAAGCAACACAAGCUGUAUAUCACCCCAGCGUUGAAUGAUACGCUGUAUUUACACUUUAAAGGUUUCGAUCGCAUCGAGAACUUGGAAGAGUACACGGGGCUGCGCUGUCUCUGGCUGGAGUCCAACGGAAUACAGAAAAUCGAGAACCUGGAGGCCCAGACCGAACUGCGUUGCCUCUUCUUGCAAGUGAACUUGCUUCAUAAAAUCGAGAACCUCGAACCCCUGCAGAAACUGGAUGCCCUGAACCUCAGCAACAAUUACAUCAAGACCAUUGAAAACCUCUCCUGUCUGCCAGCCCUGAACACGCUGCAGAUAGCCCACAAUCACCUGGAGACGGUGGAAGACGUCCGGCACCUGAAGGAGUGCCUGAAGCUCUGCGUCCUUGAUCUUUCCCACAAUCGGCUGAGUGACCCAGAGAUCCUGAGCAUCCUGGAGAGCAUGCCUGAUUUGCGUGUCCUGAAUUUGAUGGGAAACCCAGUUAUUAAGAACAUCCCUAACUAUCGAAGGACAGUCACUAUUCGACUAAAACACUUAACAUUCCUGGAUGACAGACCAGUUUUUCCAAAGGACAGAGCUUGCGCAGAGGCCUGGGCUAGGGGCGGGUACGCGGCCGAGAAAGAGGAGAGGCAGCAGUGGGAGGACCAGGAACGGAAGAAGAUCACGGACAGCAUCGAAGCCUUGGCGAGGAUCAAGCGGCGGGCUGAGGAGAGGAAGCGGCAGGUGGAGAGCCAAGGGAAAGGGGAGGUGCCAGAGCCAGACAAGAAUGAGAACGUGGAUGUCAAUGAGAAGGGGAAGGAAGAGCCUCAUGAGGAUGGAGAAAGGCAGCAGAAAAUGGAGCUGUUUGUCAAGGAAAGCUUUGAGGCCAAGGAUGAGCUCUUCCCAGAAAAGGCGAAUGUGUUAGAGGAGCUGCCUGCAGAUGUCAACACAGAGAUUGAAGACCAGGACCCAGAAGGGGUGUUCCCAGCCGAGGCCCCCGAGCCAGCAACCCUUGGCGCUACCUGGGAAGAAUCAGCUCCCCAGAUUGUGGCCACGGAGAACGCUUUGGGUACAGAGCCUGUUGGGCAUGAAGAUUUGGAAACCAUCACGCUGAAGACUGAGGAGAAGCUCUUCAUCGCUGACCUACCCGACUUGGAAGAUGUUGAUACAGGCGAAACUCUGGAAGACAAGGACAAGAUGUGCUUUCCAAAGAUCACAACCAUCUCGGGCUUGAGUGACGACAGUGAUCCUGAGCUGGACGACACCUCCCUUGCGGUGCUGGAGAGCACGUCCACACACCCCCUUUCCAACAUAUUCGCAAUCUCCAAGGACACCGCCAGGAAGGCUGAGGCGCCCUAUACGCACAUAUUUAAAGCAGCAGCCGAGAGGGACUUGGAGACCCAAAGCGGGGACACCACGUGCCCACGCCCGCUGAUUCAGGAGCUCGACGACGACGAGCCUUUGGACCAACCACCGACACCCCCAACCUGCAAAGGGGACGCCCCACCACCCCCUUCCAGUGAGGGGUACGAUGACCUACCUUCGGCCUCUCCUCCAGGAAACAGCAUUGAAAAGGAGGUGCAGUCUGAGACGCAGCCUGAGGAGCCCACAGUGCUUGAGGACCCCGCAGUGCGCGAGGCGGGAGCAGACCUGGAAGACAUUGAAUUUGGCUUGGACUGAACCCCCAGGAGGCCCCUCUGCCUUUGCACUAACAGGGAGCCAGCAGCGAGGUGCAGGUCACCCCCUGGGCCGGGCUCCCUUCCUUCUCCAAUUCCCGAAAGUGCUCUGGGGCCUGGGCUGCGGCGUGUCCUGUCGCAUGACUCAUCCCUCCCAUGCUCUCCCCCUGCAGUGUCGGGCAGCACUGUGUUCCUUGUUCUCAAAGCACAGCCCAUUUCCCCCGUUACUUGUGGUAUAAAUUGUACAACCGUCAAUGUCUCAUUUGAACGUUAUAAACAUUUGAGUAUUCCCGUGAGGUAAUGUGUUGUCAAAUUAUUUAAUAUCUGUGCCAGUCACGUGAG